AUGGGUAAAGGAUGUACUACAUUUCUCGUCUUUGCUUUAUUAACAUUUAAUGUGAUAUUUUUGCUCAUUGGUGCUGCAAUCAUAUGCUUUUCUAUAUACUGUUAUGUGGAUUCUUUGAUUCAAAGUGCAAUAUCACGUUCUGGACAUGCAGAUAAAAUGCAAAAUCUACUCUAUGCUCUAAUCGGUUUAGGCCUAUUAACAAUUGUUGUCGCUAUAUUCGGUUGUUGUGGUGCAUAUAAUGAAUCACGUUGUCUACUUGGAACAUAUUCAAUCUGUUUAACUAUAAUGUUUGGUGUAGAAAUAGCUGCUGGCACUUUGUGUUUAGUAUUUAAAGUUGAAACUGAAAAAAGAAUUAUCCAGGCAUUUGAAAAUAUUAUUAUACAAUUUAAAGAUGAAUCAAUGGAAGAUGAAUAUGAUGAGAGUUAUUCAUAUCGUGAUUGGAUACAAAGAAGUCUUCAGUGUUGUGGAAUUAAUGGAGCGGAUGAUUAUCCAGGACUAAUUAUUCCUUCAUCAUGUUGUAUACCUCAACAUCAAAAUUGUCCAGAUAAAUCAGCCUCAUAUAGUAUAGGAUGUAGACAAGUAAUCAGUGAUUUAGUGAAAAGUAAAUUCCUUAUGGCAUUAACCCUUAUUAUGUGUGUCCCUAUAUCAAAGGUAUUUGCCCUAAUUUUCGCUAUCCUACUAUGCUGUUUAGUACAACAACGUAAUAUAGUCCAGUACACUGAAGUACAAGUGGAAGCUUGA